AGUACAGCGCUUGACCAACACCCACCAGGAUGUACCCUUUAUUUGAAGGACGCAUGGGCUGCUUUAGUCCUUCUGUUUCCAAGGCAAUUCUUUGGGCCUGGGUACAAAAUGGCGGCACCCUCACUCAUUCAGUUCAAGACUUUCACCGCGCCGAUUCGUUUUUCUGUAAUGGCCUGGAAGAUCCGUGGCUGGAGAAGCUACUUACUAGAUCAUUCAUAGUCAUACAUUCGGACUGGAUUCUCAAAUCCAUCUCGGAGAAAUUUCUCAUGCCCAUCUCCAAAUACGUACUGGAUGAUCUCUUUGAUUCCCGCAAAAUCACUUCAAACCUUGCUGAAGGCCAACAUAAUAGACCUCAAACCCCUGUUGUACCUUCAAGGACCAAGGUGGAAAGCUGGCGAGCCAACCUGAUGAAACGAUCCCACGAAGAUAUCGAAGAUUCCUUUGCUUCUAUAGACUUGCAUCCACCCAAGAAACCGAAACUAGAGUCAAUGUCAAAACCUCCUCGUGCUUCUACGAUCUUGGACACUCUUCCUCUGCUCGAGGCUCCGAAGCAGCAGUUCAGCCCUCCGCAAUCGCCUCCCAGACACAUUGACCUUCCUAGACGCCGACUGCAUCCUAUCGGUACCGUCGAAACGUUCAAGAGACAAAUCAAGGUCCCUUCGUAUGUUAUCAUCGGGCUGUUUUUCGUAUAUUCUCUUGAUGAAACCGUCAGUUCUCACGAGACAUUCUGGACUACUUUGCAUGACGAAUAUAUCAAACCAGGGUCGACCCAAAUACCUAUAACUGCUAUCCUGAAAGCACCAGGGCCCGUAGAGUUGACUCGAUUCGUGCCUCGGAAGUUCUAUCGCCAAAAGGAGUUUACUGCUAAGAAGAGAUGAUUUCUAGUGCUUGUUCUGGCUUAGCUCUGAUAUCGAAUUGCUUGUCUUCCAUCUCUCUAUGUAUGCUAUGUAUUAGAAUGCUGAACGACC